AUGAUUUUCUUCCUUCUCUCUUAUCGUCUCUCUUUCCUUCUUUCCUUCCUUCCUUCCUUCCUUCCUUCCUUCCUUCCUUUCCUUCCUUCCUUCCUUUUCCACUUGUUGCUAACAUCUUUUUCACAUGAUUUGCCUCCUUCCUUCUCGCAUUGCUAUCAUUCUUUUUUUCUCCUUCCUUUCUUCCUUCCUUCCUUCCUUCCUUCCUUCCUUCCUUCCUUCCUUCCUUUUCCACUUGUUCCUUACAUCCUUUUCACACGAUUUCCUUCCUUCCUUCUCGCUCUACUCUUCUUUCUUUCUUUCUUUCUUUCUUUCUUUCUUUCUUUCUUUCUUUCUUUUUCCACUGGUUCCUCUCAACCUUUUCACACAAAUCUUUUUCCUUCCUUUUCGCCUUCCUUUUCGCCUUCCUACUCUUCUUCUUUCUUUCUUUCUUUCUUUCUUUCUUUCUUUCUUUCUUUCCUUCCUUCCUUAUUCCACUUGUUCCUCAAAUCCUUUUCACACGAUUUCUCUCCUUUUUCGUUUUCCUGCUCUUCUUCUAUCCUUCCUUUCUCCUUCCCUUUUCCACUGGUUCCUCACUUCAUUUCACAUGUUUUCCUUCCUUCUCUCCUUCCUUCAUUUUCCCCUUCCUCCAUUCUCACUUACCUUCCUCCCGCCUUCCCUUCCUCCCGCCUUCCCUUCCUCCCGCCUUCCCUUCCUCCCGCCUUCCCUUCCUUCCUUUUUUCCUUCCCCCUUCCUUCCUUUUUUCCUUCCCCCUUCCUUCUUUCCUUCCUUCCUUCCUUCCUUCCUUCCUUUUUUAUUCCUUUUUCCUUCCUUCCUUCCUUCCUUCCUUCCUUCCUUCCUUCCUUCCUUCCUUCCUUUUUCCUUCCUUUUUUCCUUCCUUCCUUCCUUCGUUCCUUCCUUCGUUCCUUCCUUUUUUCCUUCCUUCCUUCUUUCUUCCUUCCUUCCUUCCUUCCUUCCUUCCUUCCUUCCUUCCUAGUUUCUUCUUCUUUCUCCCUUCCUUUCACAUGA